AUGGCAAUACGUCAAACUCUCCUAAGGAGGGCUUUCACAACAAGACCAUACUCCACCAUCAACGCAACGCACUCACUCAUGCUCCAAUCACGUCUAGCAAGACUAACUCAUCUUCGUACAGAACCUUCAGCUAACGAUAUUCGCAAGACCUCCAUCAUUGGCACCAUCGGUCCGCAAUCCAACAAUGUCCCCACCAUUGUUGCUCUCAGGAAGGCUGGUCUCAACAUCAUCAGAAUGAACUUUUCUCAUGGAUCCCAUGAAUUCCAUCAAUCCGUCAUCGAUAACGCCAGAGAAUCAGAGUCCCAAUACCAUGGAAGGCCCUUAGGUAUCGCUUUGGAUACAAAGGGCCCUGAGAUUAGAACGGGCUCCUUUGUUAGAGACAACGGAGUCCCAGUGAAGACCGGUCAUGAGAUGAUCUUCUCUACGGAUCCACAAUAUAAAGAAUGUGGAGAUGAUCAGAUCAUGUAUGUUGAUUAUGCAAAUAUUACUAAAGUUAUGGAAGUAGGGAAAUUCAUUUAUGUGGAUGAUGGUGCCAUUUCAUUUGAAGUUUUGCAAGUGAAAGAUGCAGAAACUUUGAAAGUGAGAGCUCUAAAUGAUGGUACUUUGAAUUCACAUAAGGGUGUCAAUCUACCGGGGACUGAUGUGGAUUUACCUGCCUUGUCUGAGAAGGAUAAACAGGAUUUACAAUUUGGUGUGAAGAAUAAUAUUCAUAUGAUAUUCGCGUCGUUUAUUAGAACUCCGGAUGACAUAAGAACCAUUAGACAAUUCUUGGGCGAAGAUGGUAAACAGAUUAAGAUUAUUGCCAAGAUUGAAAAUGAACAAGGUGUCAAUAAUUUCGAUCAAAUCUUACAAUUGGCGGAUGGGGUUAUGAUUGCAAGAGGUGAUUUGGGUAUUGAAAUUCCAGCUCCAGAAGUCCUUGCAGUACAAAAGAAAUUAAUUGCUAAAUGUAAUUUGGCUGGGAAGCCAGUAAUUUGUGCCACUCAAAUGUUAGAAUCUAUGACUUAUAAUCCUAGACCUACAAGGGCAGAAGUCUCAGAUGUUGGAAAUGCUAUCCUAGAUGGUGCUGAUUGUGUCAUGUUAUCCGGUGAAACUGCAAAGGGUGCGUAUCCAAUAGACGCCGUUAACAUGAUGGCAGACACAGCUUUGAUUGCAGAGGAAGCCACAGCUUAUUUACCCAAUUAUGAUGAUAUUAGAAAUUGUACACCAAAACCAACCCCUACCACUGAAACAGUGGCUGCAUCAGCCGUUGCAGCCGUCUUUGAACAGGAUGCCAAGGCCAUUAUUGUCCUUUCCACUAGUGGGGACACAGCAAGAUUAUGUUCCAAAUAUAGACCCAAUUGUCCUAUAAUUUUAAUAACAAGGAAUGACAAUACAGCAAGAUUCUCACAUUUAUACAGGGCUGUAUUUCCCUUUGUUUAUAAUAAACCUGCCCUCGAUGAUUGGGUUAAAGAUGUACAAAAUAGAAUAGAUUUCGGUAUUGAAAUGGCAAAGCAAAUGGGGAUAUUAACCGUCGGGGAUGCAGUCGUGACAAUACAAGGGUUUAAGAGUGGUGUAGGUCAUUCCAAUACCUUACAUGUCUUGACCAUUUAA